AUGUUCAAGUUGGUGGUGUUGUCUGCUCUAUUCGCCAUUACAUUGGCUCGUCCUGGUCUCUAUGAAUCCGUUGAGGUACAUUCUGCUCCCUUGGCUACGGUAACCGUUCAAGAACAUGGAUAUGCCCACACUGGUUCCCUGGUAAAGUCGGUACCCUCUUCAGUGUCACAUCAAAGUCAUUCGGUUGUCCAUAGCUCCGCUCAUGUUGUGGAGGAUGUUUUGGCACCUGCUGUGAAGACCACUUCCUAUACUACCAAGACUUUGGCUACACCUCUUGUUGAAACCUAUUCUGCUCCUGCCUUGGUUAAAACUGUGUCAUCUCCUGUCUUGCACACCUACGAAUCAGCUCCUGUUGUAGUUAAAUCUUGGUAA